AUGAGAAAUAAUCACACCAAAGAAGAUCCAAAGCACCCAAAAGCACCACCUACAGUGAGGGAACCAAGUCGCUAUUCAUAUCGAUCAAUCGAGACUCUGAUUGUAGUGCUGGCUGUGAUCACUAUCAUAGGUGUCAUUGCAGGAAUCAUUGCUCGGCUUUGUGGUGGAAGGCAUUUUGGUGGCAAUGGGGAGAAUGACAUAGAAGGAUGGAUAGAAAGGAAGUGUAGAAGUUGCAUUGAUGGUGGAGUCACUACUGCAGCUCCAUCUCCCGCAGAAGGAUCAAAGCCAGCAGCAGAAGAGGAAAAGAAAUGAAGAUGCACACACAGAUGGAAAUGCUAUAAUGUAAGUGAUUAGUUAAAAUUGUAUGAUGUAGGGAUGCUGCAGUGGGAAACACUAUAACGGCGCAUUAGCUGAACAGAGAAGAGGGACUCUUGGCUGCUUCUGCCUAACACCAUUUCAUUACUGUAUUCUUUGCCAAGGCAGCAUAAUAGGGCAGUGCUUUCACUCGAAACUUGAACAUGUAUGUUACCAUGACUCAUCUUGGUUAAACAAAUUAGCAGUCUUUCUCCCACUGCAUUUUUUUUCCUUUUA